GGAUUUAAAGGGGCAGUACCGGCAAGGGCGGCAGCCAGCUCGACACAGUGCGGGGCAGAUCCUUCUGAGUCCCUGGCUGCUGAUCGGAGUUUCUUCCGGGCUCCGGCCUGAGUGCCACAGCCACGGGCUGUGCUCGGUAAACAGCCCAGGCAAGGUCCUCCAGGGCAGGAUGUCGGGCCUGGUGUUGGGGCAGCGAGAUGAACCUGCAGGGCACCGGCUCAGCCAGGAGGAGAUCUUGGGAAGCACUCGGCUGGUGAGCCAAGGGCUGGAGGCCCUACACAGUGAACACCAGGCUGUACUGCAAAGCCUGUCCCAUACCAUUGAGUGUCUGCAGCAGGGAGGCCAUGAAGAAGGACUGGUGGUGCAUGAGAAGGCCCGGCAGCUGCGCCGUUCCAUGGAAAACAUUGAGCUGGGGCUGAGUGAGGCCCAGGUGAUGCUGGCUUUGGCCAGCCACCUGAGCACAGUGGAGUCAGAGAAACAGAAGCUGCGGGCUCAGGUACGGCGGCUGUGCCAGGAGAACCAGUGGCUCCGGGACGAACUGGCAGGUACCCAGCAGCGGCUACAGCACAGUGAGCAGGCCGUGGCUCAGCUGGAGGAGGAAAAGAAGCACCUGGAGUUCCUGGGGCAGCUGCGGCAGUAUGACGAGGAUGGGCACACCACGGAGGAGAAGGAGGGUGAUGCCACCAAGGAUUCCCUGGAUGACCUUUUCCCCAAUGAGGAAGAAGAAGACCCAGGCAAUGGCUUGUCACGUGGCCAGGGCGCCCAACAUAGUGGAUAUGAGAUCCCAGCAAGAUUACGGACUCUGCACAACUUGGUGAUCCAGUAUGCAGCUCAGGGUCGCUACGAGGUGGCCGUGCCACUCUGUAAGCAGGCACUGGAGGACCUGGAGCGCACAUCUGGCCGGGGCCACCCAGAUGUUGCAACCAUGCUCAACAUCCUUGCUCUGGUGUAUCGGGACCAGAAUAAGUAUAAGGAAGCUGCCCACCUGCUGAAUGAUGCCCUCAGCAUCCGGGAGAGCACCCUGGGCCGGGACCACCCUGCGGUGGCUGCCACACUCAACAAUCUGGCUGUGCUCUACGGUAAAAGGGGCAAAUACAAGGAGGCGGAGCCGCUGUGCCAGCGGGCACUGGAGAUCCGAGAAAAGGUCCUGGGCACUGACCACCCAGAUGUGGCAAAGCAGCUGAACAACCUGGCCCUGUUGUGCCAAAACCAGGGCAAGUAUGAGGCUGUGGAACGCUAUUACCGGAGGGCACUGGCCAUCUAUGAAGGGCAGCUGGGACCAGACAACCCUAAUGUAGCCCGGACCAAGAAUAACCUGGCUUCCUGUUACCUGAAACAGGGUAAAUAUGCCGAGGCUGAGACGCUCUACAAAGAGAUCCUGACCCAAGCCCAUGUGCAGGAGUUUGGGUCUGUGGAUGAUAACCACAAGCCCAUCUGGAUGCAUGCAGAGGAGCGGGAGGAAAUGAGCAAAACCCAGCACCGGGAGGGCGGCACACCCUACGUAGAGUACGGAGGCUGGUACAAGGCCUGCAAAGUGAGCAGCCCCACAGUGAACACCACUCUGAGAAACCUAGGAGCUCUGUACAGGCGCCAGGGAAAGCUGGAGGCAGCCGAGACCCUGGAGGAAUGUGCUCUGCGUUCCCGGAAACAGGGCACUGACCCUAUCAGCCAGACCAAGGUGGCUGAGCUGCUUGGGGAGGGUGACAGUGGAAGGACCUCCCAGGAGGGUCCUGGGAGCAGCGUGAAAUACGAGGGAGGUGACGAUGCCUCUGUGGCUGUGGAGUGGUCAGGGGAUGGCAGUGGGACCCUGCAGAGGAGUGGCUCUCUCGGCAAGAUCCGGGAUAUGCUUCGUAGAAGCAGUGAACUCCUGGUGAAGAAGCUCCAGGGAACUGAACCUCGGUCCUCCAGCAGCAACAUGAAGCGGGCAGCCUCCUUAAACUAUCUGAACCAUCCCAGUGCAGCACCCCUCCAGGUCUCCCGAGGCCUCAGUGCCAGCACUAUGGACCUCUCUUCAAGAAGCUGACAUUCAACCCACCCCCCAGGUCUCCUGGGUCCCCCCACAGCCCUCACAGCAUUCCCUCUUGCUCCAGGCUCUUCCAGCCCCUUGGUGGGACAGUG